ACCCACAUAUGUUGCAGAACGAACAUUUCGGAUAUACUUGAACUCUGGUCCCACUUAUUCCAUGCAGAAAACAAAACCCAUCAAAUGAAUAGUAUUUUAAGACAAAUUGUCAAUAAUUUCGGGUAACAAAACAUUUUACUUUACAAAGAGUCUUACUUAAAUUCGAAGCUGCAUCGCCUGCAUUUAGUGCAGCCAUCCAAAUUUACUCGGGUUAAUUAGCAAGCAAUGGCACGUGGACACCAGAAGAUCCAGUCGCAGGCGAAGGCCUCCGAGAAACAAGCCAAACUGAAGAAGCAGCAAGGACACAGUGCCAACGAUCAGAAAAAGGCGGCUCAGAAGGCACUUGUCCAUGUGUGCGCCGUUUGCAAGUCCCAAAUGCCCGAUCCCAAGACUUACAAGCAGCACUUCGAGAACAAGCAUCCCAAGAACGACAUGCCCGAGGAGCUGAAGGAAGUCUGAUGGCCAUUUUACUUAAAGCUGAACGAGAUGGACGAGUUGCCUACCAGUACGAAACAUUUGCAACAAUAAAUUAGAAUCGGCCCGAAGAAGAAAGCCCACAAUCAAGCCGAAGCCAAGAGGAUGGAUAAUAGACGUAAUAAUAAUAUAUGCCAGAUUUUUCGUAUACACACUGCUUUUUGGGUUUGUUUUAUACAUUGAAAUUAACACUGUAUGCGAAUGUUCGAUGUGUGGCAAACCGAAUACAAAGACACCUACCUACCU